AUGACAACGAAAGUCUUGGGAGAAACAGUACAGCAAAACGCCGACACCGGACCAGCUCUUCUACCAGAAGCUGCAUCGGGAAAUACUUUGAACUGGGAUUGGCAACUAUACACAUCCGAUUUUGGUCACUCCACCAACGAGGGCGAGUCGACGGGGGGAAAUGCCCAGCAAGCAUAUCAUCCAGUCGAAAGCCACCGGCUUCGAGAUAAAGGCGAGAUUCCUGGACCUUCGGAGAUUGGUGAGACUGGACUUGGGACGCGUGAAAAAGUAGCCCCGGUCCAAACUGGCACAGAUGAGCUUCUUCGGCUACAGAGCCAGUUAAGCCACUUAUUGUCCGACGCGGCUGGAUCAUCUACCGGACACCCGCCGGCUGUGGAUGAAGUUCUGCUGGUAUGCAAGGAUUUGUUAGAGCUGCUCCAGAAACACAGUGCGUCAUUUAGCGCUGCGGGGCUCUGCCAUGGCGACCAAAGGGCUCGGUCGAACCCAUCAGAAAUGAGCUGCAUUACGGUAUCACGCGUUGCGACAUCGUAUGCAUAUGCACUGCAGUUGCUUGAUCUCUCGGUGGAUAGUCUUACCUGCCAAACAUCAACCCCUUCGGCCCUUGUCAGCUUGGGCCACUUCAAUCUUGCAUCACAACCAGCCAUGGGCACUUCCAUUGUUGCUUAUAUCAUCUCUGUCAUGGUUCAUCGGCUCCGUGAUGCUAUCACGCUGUUGACACCGGAAGGCAAGGGAAAUGAAGAGCUUCCGCAGAGAACGCCUCCGCCGUAUCCAUCCCCUGCUGGCGGUACGCAGACAACCACUACAACGAGUCCGAUCCACACCGCAGUCAACAUGGUAGCCGAAAAGGAGAUUGCCUUACUCCGAAGAUUGUCGAAAUUCAUAAUCAAUCGAUAG